CAACGCUCACGAACCAUCCAACAAUCCAUUCCAUCGCCGUCCGACCUACUGUCUUCCAGUGACCGAACUCGAUUGGUUCACGGCACUGCAGGAUGGCUUCGCUUCGGCCAUGGAGCGCGUCUUUGCGCCUCGCUGCAAAGUCCUUCCCCACUGCUAUGCGGACGACGACUGUGCGACACAGCUCGUCCAGCAGCUCAACCUCUGCCAUUGCCUACAAGGCCCUGCGCCGCCGCUCUUCUCCCCUGCCCACCACCGACACUCCUCCAGCCUGGUCGGCCCAGGCCGCCGUCUCCAACAUUCUCUAUGAGACGCCCACGCCCUCCAUGGCGCCUCCGAAGCGUCACAUCCUCAACUGCCUGGUCCAGAACGAGCCAGGUGUGCUCUCUCGUCUCUCCGGUAUUCUUGCUGCCCGAGGCUUCAACAUUGAUUCUCUGGUUGUGUGCAACACCGAGGUGGAGGAUCUGUCUCGCAUGACCAUCGUCUUGACCGGCCAGGACGGCGUUGUCGAGCAGGCCAGAAGACAGCUGGAAGACCUGGUGCCUGUCUGGGCUGUGCUGGAUUAUAGCAACGCCGCCCUGGUCCAGCGCGAACUCCUUCUUGCCAAGGUCAACAUUCUCGGACCCGAAUACUUUGAGGAGCUGCUCGCCCACCACCGCGAAAUCAGCAACGGCGAGCACAAUGGCGAGUCUACCAACGAGUUUGAGCGAACUCUCGAAGAGUCGGCCAAGGACUUCCAUCCUAGCAAGCUAGCUGCCAGUGAGGCCCUCCGACACAAGCACGAGCACUUGAAGACCAUCACCUAUUUCGCCCACCAGUUCGGAGGCAAGGUGCUGGAUAUUAGCACUACCAGCUGCAUUGUUGAAGUCUCCGCUAAGCCGUUGAGAAUUGACUCAUUCUUGAAGCUGGUUUCUCCCUUUGGAAUUUUGGAAUCUGCCCGUACUGGUCUGAUGGCCCUGCCCAGAUCACCACUUGCCAAGCACGCCGAGGAGCCUAUCAUUAAGGAUGCCGACGAGGUUGUUGAUGCCAGCCAGCUUCCUCCUGGUUAAAGUCAUGAUUUUCUACGAGUAUUAAUUGUACCUAGCUAGUGCCAUUUGGGACACUUGGCGUCUGGUAAAGGGAAUGUUCGUUGGUUUAUAGCAGUUUUGUAUGAAUUCGAUUUUUUUUUUAAACCGCCUGUGCUUUUGAGAAUAUGCAAAAAGUUUCUUCCUAAAAAGAAAACUACAUAAGUUUUAAAUUUAAUAUUACUCGAGAACACCCUUGUUUACAACGAAGCCUUCCAAUGCCGCAACAGCUGCCCAGAGUCGGUUCUCCGCCUCGGGGAAGACGAGAGACCUCGGGCUGUAGAAGACCUCAUCCGCAACUUCUUCAGGGUGUCGGGGCAGGCAGUGCAUGAACUUCCAGUUAUCCUUGGCACCGCCCCGAGUUGCCAGUUCGUUGGUGAUCUGAUAGCCGGCGAAAGCCUUGAGCCUCUUCUGUUUCUCAGCCUCCUGUCCCAUUGAGAUCCAGGUGUCGGUCACAAGGAUAUCGGCAUUCUUAAUGGCUUCCUCGGGAACAGUCGUCUCUGAGAGCUUGCCGGGUGAUUUGACACCAUUGGCGGCUGAGUUGAUGAGCUCCCUCAUGUGGUCGGGGAUUCCGUAGCCCUGGGGCGAGGCGACAGCGAUUUCGACGCCGGUCUUGACGCAGCCGAUGGCUAGGUCGAACAGCACGUUGUUGGAGUCGCCGACCCAGGCAACCUUGAGGCCUCUGAGGUUGAGGCUGUUAUCGCUUGAGAC